AUGUCCGCGGGACACUCAGUCGUGCGGCGGCCACUGUUCUCGCGAUCAAACAUCGAACUUAUCAAUUCCCUCCGCGCAAAUUUUGCCUCCUUCAAACAUUACUCCCCCACUCAGCCCUCCACACCUAGUACGGCCGAGCACUUCAUACCGCCCGCAUGGACGACUCAGGAAAAUGACACCCUCUAUGUGCCGUCAUUGCGGCCAACGCCCCUCGUUGAACCCCGCGACUCGUACGACGUUACCUGCAAAUUAUUCUUCCUCCCCGGUAUCCCGAGUACUCGACGGUGCCGGCAUACCCGAGAAGCCAUCGAUUUGGUCCUAAAAGAGCUGGGGAUUGACAAUAUUGAUCUGUUGAUUGUUUCAUACCCCGGGGUGACUUUUGACGCAGACGACGAAGAAGGUGAUGAGGAAGCGGAGCAGGCUUCCGCCGACGAAAACCCCAGCGAGGCCAGCGACGAGUCCGAAGGCUUGGAAGCGCAGCUCAAGACCUGGCAGGUACUAGAAUCGCUAUAUGACAAGGGCGUCAUCUCGCAGCUGGGCGUCUCCGAGUUUAGCUCAGAGAGACUCGCGAGAUUUCUACCAGAGGUCCGAGUUCGUCCCAAGGUCGAUCAGAUCAACGUCAAGGACUGCUGCGUCGUGCCCAAGUCGCUGAUCAUGUACGCGAAGGAGAACAAGAUUGAGCUCUUGACACACGCAGACUGCAUGGACAUCUUACCGCCGGGGACGACGAGGGAUUUACUAGGGCCGGGUAAUGACGGCGCUGGCAUUCUGGCUGCGCACCCUGAUGGCGGACCCGAAGAACCCGGCUUGAAGGGCGAUAUUGAGCCACAAUGGGUCAUCAAAUAUACCGCUGUGGUGAAAAACCGCGGCGUCAUCGAAAACAAAGGGUAUUUUGCCGUCGCGCAACUGGGAAGCUGUAUCGAGGAGAAGCCGGCCCAGGAUGUAGUAGCAUCAUGA